GGAAAGAUUUAUUUUUAAUUCGUUUAAUUUUCUGUUGUUCGGUCUAAACCCUAACUCUCGUGUAACCGAAGAAACCCUAACUCUUCGUUUCUCACGGUAAAAAGGAAAAUUCAAGAAAGAUCGACGGAUCCCUCAGAUUUAUCAGAGGCAAAAGGUUGGAUUCAUGAUGGGAGGUUGUUGUUUUCUGUAAAUAUAUUUAUCGAUUGGAGGUGGAGUUUCAAUUUUAUGUCGGUUUUGGUUCAGAUCUGAUGCUAGAGGUCGAAACAAAGAAACAUGUAUGAUGGAAGAUGAGAAUUGGGAAUAUCAGUUUUUCUUUUGUCGAUUGAGUGUUUGUAGAUGGAAAAGAGCUUAGAAAAACCUGAUCAUUCUGGAAUUUUAAAGAAACAGAGAUCUUUGGAUCUUCAAAGCCUUUAUGUUGAGAAGUCAGGGGGUUCGAUUUGUAAGGGAGAGGCCGAAGAUAGGGUCUUAAAGAGGAAAAAGAAGUCUCCGUCAGAGAACGAGGAGUCAGGUUUGGGGCAAGGGAAGAAGAAAAGGAAUAGGAAGGAGGUUUCUCUUAGUAGCUUUGAACCGGCUAACAAGAAGGGUAAAAAAAGUUUAAAUGCAAUAGGCGGUAGUGGUUUGAAUUUGGGAUCAUCCACAUUGAACAAUCCAGCAUUUAAGUUAAGCCGAUUUGUUUUACACCAGAAGACUCAGGGAAAGAAGAAGAAUGCCCAUGCCCCGGGAGAUGGGAAUUUGCAAAAUUUUAGUGGUUUACGUGUUAUUUCUGACAGUUUGGAUGAUAACAUCCCAAAGCGUCCUCGAGGUUUAUCGAGGCGAAAGAAGUUCCAGAGUAAUCAAAUCACAGAGCAGGUGGGAACUUCCAGUAGCAAAGUCAGCUCUGCUGCUCAGAUAAUUAAGUUAACCAGUGAUUCUGUCACCUCAAAGAUUCCUUCUGAAGGUAAAGAGAAGAAGGUUUCUGAUGAUCUUAAGGAGAAUGGUUCCAGUAGUGUUAAAUCAACUCGACAUUUGAGGGAUGAAGAUGGUGGCUCUGUCAGACAUAAUGGUGGUCCAACCUUAAAAAAUGUUCAUAGGAACAGAAAGAAGAGGCAGGAAUCGACAUCCAAGAAACAAAACCCAGCUGAUGAGAUUGAGCGGUUGGCUAGUAAAUCUGCCAAGAACUCUGGAGAAUUGCAAGAAGAUGGUGGCUCGGUCAGACAUAACGGUGAUCCAACUUUAAAAAAUAUCAAUGGGAACAGAAGCAAGAGGCAGGAAUCGACAUCCAAGAAACAAAACCCAGCUGAUGAGAUUGAGCGGUUGGCUAGUAAAUCUGCCAAGGGCUAUGGAGAAUUGCAAGAAGAUGGUGGCUCGGUCAGACAGAAUGGUGAUCCAACCUUAAAAAAUGUUCAUAGGAACAGAAGGAACAGGCGGGAAUCAACAUCCAAGAAACAAAACCCAGCUGAUGAGAUUGAGCGGUUAGUUGGUAAAUCUGCCAAGAACUCUGGAGAAUUGCAAGAAGAAGAUGAGGAGAAUCUUGAACAGAAUGCUGCAAGGAUGCUCUCAUCUCGAUUUGAUCCAAGCUGUACUGGGUUUACUGGCAACAACAAAGCCUCGCCAACUUCUCAGUCUAUGAAUGGACCAUCUCUUGUGCCCUUGUUUGGUCAGGGGGUGGAUUAUUCUGCUGGUUUUGAGUCCACCUCUGCUGAUGCUGCAGGCAGAGUGUUGCGACCUAGGAAACAACACAAAGAAAAAAAGGGUCUUGUGAGGAAGAGGCGCCACUUCUAUGAGAUAUUAUCUGGGGAUUUAGAUGCUUACUGGGUUCUUAAUAGGAGGAUCAAAGUAUUUUGGCCUUUGGACCAGAGUUGGUAUUUUGGCCUAGUUACUAAUUAUGAUCCUGAAAUGAAGUUGCAUCAUGUCAAAUAUGAUGACCGUGACGAGGAGUGGAUUAACCUCCACAAUGAGAGAUUCAAACUCUUGUUACUUCCCAGCGAAGUUCCCGGUAAGUUUGGUCCAGAAAAGUCUGAGCAGGGUUGUAAAAAGGUGGAAGACCAAGAUGAAGAUGUUAACAUUGGGGAUAGUAAUUUUACAGCUAGUUAUAUGGACUCGGAGCCCAUCAUCUCAUGGUUGGCUAGAUCUACACAUCGAGUCAAGUCUUCACCGCUUGGUAGUGUGAAGAAACGGAAAAGGUCUUAUCAGGUUGAGAAAUUUGUGAAACCCGUAUGUUCUGAUGAUCAUCCUUCAGAAAGAUGCUUGGGUGUGAAUUCCGCUCGAACUGAUGCAUUACUAAGUAAACCUGUGUUGGAAGUUAGGCCAAGCCAAGGAGAGGUUACUGAAAAAUCUACAAUGGCGAGCACUUCCUACCCCAAUGGCAGAAAGCAACCCUUUGUUUAUUUCAGGAGGCGGUUUCACAAGAGAGGGCAGGAAUUUGGUAAUCAUUCUGAGGAGAGUUCAGGGUGCAAAGGUUUGGCUGGAUCUGUUUCGUUUCUUGCUUCAGUUGUUGAUGGGGCGGCAUCUUUAGAAGAACAUGAUGUUACUCUCCAGGGAUCUGGUCACAAACCUUUGACAAACUUGGAUGGAGAGACUUUGCUGUGGUCUUGUGAGAAUUCGGGGUUGUUUAAAUCAUCCUUUCAGCUGAUGAAAUUAAAACAAGGGAAAUUGAAGUUUAACUUUCCACUUCAUUGGUUUGUAUAUAAUGAUGUAUAUAAUGCUGAGUUUUUUUGGCUUUAUCGUGCUCUAUUGUUCCUUCAGUUUGGUAAGGUGGUGGCUGUGUGGCCAAAGGUUCUGCUGGAGAUGCUUUUUGUUGAUAAUGUUGUUGGGUUGAGAUUUAUGUUGUUUGAGGGAUGCUUGAUUCAGGCAGUAGCUUUUUUGUGUUUGGUUCUUAGUGCAUUUCAUCAACCUGAUGAACAUGGAAGGUUGGUGGAUCUACAGUUGCCAGUCACUUCGAUCAGGUUUAAACUGUCUGGAUUUCGAGACAUUGGAAAGCAGUUUGUCUUCGUGGUGUACAACUUCUUGGAGGUGAAAAAUUCAAAGUGGUUGUACUUGGAUUGUAAGCUGAAGAAGCAUUGUUCAGUCACCAAGCAGCUACCUCUUGCUGAAUGCACAUAUGAUAAUAUUAAGGUCCUUGAAAGCGGCUGCGAUUGGUUAGUUCCUCUUGUUGCUGAGGAGCCCAUAAUGCGAGGGGGUUUACGCAGAAAAUCUAGGCAGGGAAUUGUGCACAUGGGAAUGUCCAACAAAUCAGUUUAUAUUGAUGCGGACGGUUCAUCUUCAAGUUUCAAUGAGAAGCACUGGAAACUUCCUCCCUUUGUUCUUUCUUUUGCUGCUGCACCUUCCUUCUUUCUGAGCCUGCAUCUGAAGCUGCUUAUGGAUAAUAAUGUUGCUUCUAUGAGCUUCCAGAACCACAAUUCGAUGUCUUUACUAGAGUGUCCAGAAAACGGUGGCAGAGUGAUGGAUGUUGACUGUCCUGUUGUGGAUUCAUCUAACCAUGUCCGUGAAGACACCCUUGAGAAUGGUUUGGGGGUUGCUUUGAGAGAUGGUGCUUCUUCAUGGUUAUCUUGUGCCAAACCUAAGGAAGAGACUGACAAUCUCUCAAUAAACAAUGGGGGUGAUUGGUUAAAGUCCACUGAGAAGUACUUUGAUAGUGAGCUUAAUGUAACUGGAACUUCUGUAGGUCCCCAAGGUUCAAGAAAGGAGAUUGAUGACAUUGUCCUACCACGAAGGCAGCCAUGCCAACAUUCAGUUUCUGAGCAGUCUGUGGGGAAGUCAUGGCCCUCUGUUUCUGAAAAUUAUUCUUCUCCAGACAGGUCUGAAACUGGGGACUUUUCUUGUUUGAAUGGUGUCAGUGUUCAGAUUCCACCUCAUAGCCAAGGUGAUAGUCAGUCUUGUGAUGUGGGGACACCAAAUAGCCAGCAGUCUACGUUUGAUGUACCUUGGAACAUGAAUGACUUUGCCAUCCGUGGCCCAAACCCUACUGCACCCAGAAGUGUGUGGCAUCGGAAUAGACAUAGUGGGGGUUGUUCAUCAUUUGGUCGGUCAAAAAUGUGGAUGGAUGAAGGGGCUUAUUUUAUCCAUAGUGACUUUGGGAAUGGUUCAAGAAAACCAAGAACGCAGAGCAAUCAUGUCUCACAAUUUGGGGGUUAUGAUUUCAGCUCAAAACCUAGAAGUCACCUCCGGAAAGCACGUUCUCACAAAAGAAUCAGGAAUGAUGAUGAAAAGAUGGCGACAGAUUGUUCUGGAGGUCCUCAGAGGCACACAGACUUGUUAUCAUGUGAAGCAAAUCUCCUGAUUACUGCAGGGGACAGGGGUUGGAGAGAAUGUGGGGCGCAGCUCGUUCUAGAAUUUGUUGAUCAUAAGGACUGGAGGCUCCUGGUAAAAGUUUCUGGUGCUAUGAAGUAUUCGUUUAAGGCACAUCAGUUUCUGCAGCCUGGGACCACAAAUCGUUAUACACAUGCUAUGAUGUGGAAAGGAGGAAAAGAUUGGACAUUGGAAUUUCCUGACAGGAGCCAGUGGACCCUUUUCAGGGAGAUGCAUGAAGAGUGUUACAAUCGGAAUAUUCGAGCUGCUACUGUUAAGAAUAUUCCAAUCCCUGGGGUUCGCUUCAUUGAGGAGAGUGAUGAUCAUCUAAUGCAAACACCAUUUGUUCGCAGUUCGCCCAAGUAUUUUCGACAGGUCGAGAAUGAAGUAGAAAUGGCCUUGAAUCCAUCAUGUGUUCUAUAUGACAUGGAUAGUGAAGAUGAUGACUGGAUGUCAAGAUUUAAUGCUUCUAUCGAUAUUGAUGGAAAUAACCCGCUGGUGAUAUCUGAAGAGAUUUUUGAGAGGACAAUGGACAUGUUUGAGAAAGUUGCAUAUUCUCAGCAGCGGGAUGACAUCACUAGUGAUGAAAUAGAGGAGCUUAUGGUUGGAGUAGGUCCAAAUAGUGUAAUUAAGGCAAUUCAUGAACAUUGGCUGCAGAAAAGACGGAAGAAUGGAAUGCCUUUGAUCCGGCAAUUCCAGCCUCCUUUGUGGGAAAGGUACCAGCAACUACUGAAAGAGUGGGAAUUGGCCAUUAACAGAGGCAACAACUUCCCCAAUGGAUGCAAGGAGAAGGCGACUGUUGAAAAGCCACCUAUGUUCGCUUUUUGUUUGAAACCACGGGGCUUGGAGGUGCUUAACAAGGGUCCCAAACAUAGGUCACAUAGGAAGUGUGCAGCAGCCAGUGGGCACAGCAAUGCUUUUGCAAGAGAUCAGGAUGGUGUCCAUGUUUUUGGAAGAAAAUUAAAUGGGUAUGCAUUUGGGGAGGAGAGAUCUUUAGUUACUGGUCAUAACCAUGAAUCAGAUGCUUCCACUUGGCUUCAGACAUCAACAAGGGUAUUAUCACCACGAGAUGCAGUUAGUACAGGCUAUCUGUCAAUGAGCAGCGAUGGUGCUGAGAGGAAUCAGUAUCCAAAACUCAAUAGAAACAAGUUGAAGAAGAUUGGAACAUUUUUAUACCCCAACGAUAUAAAAAGGGGGUCUGUGCCGGACAACCAAAGAUUGACAAGCAGGAGAAAUUGGGCCUGCCGUUCGAAUAUGGGCUUACCUGAGUGGCCUAGCCAGAGACAGUACCAACCAGAAGGCUCCCAUAGGCAGAGAGCUGAACAGUUGGGUUGUUCAGAUCUUGAUGAGUUUAGGUUGAGGGAUGCAUCAGGUGCAGCUCAGCAUGCAUCCAACAUGGCAAAACUAAAGCGAGAAAAAGCACAAAGAUUGCUUUACAGGGCAGAUCUUGCUAUUCAUAAGGCUGUGGUCGCCCUUAUGACUGCCGAGUCUAUAAAAGCUGCAGAGUCGGAAUGCACAGAAGAUGGGUAGAAGUCCCAAAUGAAUCUGCGAUAAACGUGGGUUACAAAAAGCCACUGGAAAGACUUUAGGGCAUUUCAACUGUUCAAAAACAAGAACACUUUCCAUGGAGAUUGGCAUUGACCUUGCUUGCGUAGCAGGCUGUUAUCUUCCAUGGGUGGUGGUGGCUGGUGAAUUGAUGAUAAGUUUGACGUGGUGACUGCAGGAUGGAAGUCGCCAUUAGGACAGUUUUGCUCGUCGGCUGGUUUACAUCCCAAGAGUUUGAAGGAGGUGGGGUUUUUUUUUUUUUUGGGGGGUGGGGGGUCGGGGGUUUGUAAAAUUCUGGUUGCUGAUCUCAUGUACAGAAUAUUCCACCGUUUUUUUGUUGUCUUUUCUCCCGCCCCCUUCUCUCUCUCUCUCUCUCUCUCUCUCGCGCGCUUGCGCUUUUGUCUAUGCCUCAAUUCAGUCAAAGUAUUUGCCAAUGAUGGAGCAGUUGGCCCAAAUUAUACCA